CCGACUCUUCGCAGUGCAUCACAUACGUACCUCUCUCUCUCUCUCACUCUCAAAUUUGCUUAAUUUCUUCAAAAGCGAAGGAACAAUAUGGGUGCUCUUGAUUACCUUUCCAACUUCUGCACUGUCACUAGCACAAGGAGCAAGCGCAAAUCAAUGCAGACAGUUGAGAUUAAAGUCAAAAUGGACUGUGAUGGCUGUGAAAGGAGAGUUAAAAAUGCUGUUACCUCCAUGAAAGGUGUAAAAUCUGUGGAGGUGAACCGAAAGCAACAACGGGUAACAGUCAGUGGUUAUGUUGAACCAAAUAAAGUCUUGAAGAGGGUAAAGAUCAGUAUUGGCAAGAGAGCUGAAUUCUGGCCUUACAUUCCUCAGCAUCUAGUACCCUAUCCUUUUGCUUCAGGGGCCUACGACAAAAGGGCACCCUCCGGCUACGUUAAAAACGUCGUUCAAGCUUUUCCGGCCGCCUCAAACAAUGCAGCUCAUGAUCAGGAGAACAUGGUCUCACUAUUCAGUGAUGAUAAUGUGAACGCUUGUUCCAUCAUGUAAGGCAUUAAUUUUACAAGUAAUUACUGAAAGUCAAUUGACAAAUUUUAAGUACUUUGGUUCUUCUGGGAAAUUAAAGAACCUUAAAAAGUACUUACGAGAUAGCAACAAAAUAUAUGAGUUAUGUAUUAUGUGUCUGCAUGCAAUAAUAAUUUGCGAGUACUAUAUAUAUUAAAUAAUCAUUCAAUA